AUGGAUUCGGACAGCACCGUCACUUCCUUGGAGGAGAACACGGAGAACUUCUGCACGAAUCCCACGCGCGACAUUCUCGCCGAGGGCAUCACCAAUCUCUUCAAGCCGACGAUCGAGCGGCUGGACGAGCGCGUGGCCUCCACCAUCCAGCUGCAGGCGGAGCUGCGUGGCCAACUGGACGCACUGGCCGCCCAGCUGAGGGACAUCGAGAGGGCCCAGAGUCAGAUACCCGAGUUCGCGGACAAGGUGAAGGAGCUGCUGAACGUGAAGCACAAGGUGACGGUCAUCAGCAACGUACUGGGCACCAGCCAGGAGCGGCUGACGGGUCUGCACAAGCUGAUCGAGAAGGAGCAGCGCCGGCGACAGGCGCUCCUGGACUCGGCGCUCAGCACCAACAUAUCCUAG